AUGGAGAACAUCUGGCACCACCGCAAGGUCGCUGAGACGGCCGCAAAGGGCUGUAUGGUCUGCUACAAACCCUCGACCAGCGUGCUGAUCACCCCCGACAACAAGGACUUCUUCUACAUCUGCCCCUCACAUCUCAAGGACCGUAACUUCGCUUUGCCGACCGAUGACGAAGCCAAAGCCAUGGCCGACAAGAAGAAGAAGGAAGAUCUGGAGCGCGAAAUCGAGGCUGUCAAGAAGGAGUUUGACGAGAAGAUGAAGAAGAAGCAACAGAAGAAGGACAAGGCAAAGGAAAAGGACAAGGAUGCCAAGGACAAGGACAAAGACGACAAGAAGUCCGACAAGGACGAGCAAGAUAGGGACGACAAGAUCAAGGCUCUGACCGACAAGGCCGAGGCCUCAUCGGCAGCAAAGCCAGGCACAGACGACGGCCCUCGUGUCUUCCAGCUGCAGAAACACUUUUACAACAUGCGACUCGAGAAGAUGCGCAAUGCCGAAGCUGCAAAACGCAAUCGCGAACGGAUGAGGAACCCGGCCUUGUUCCCUUCGGUGCCCACCGGCAAUCCUUGA